AUCGAAGGCUUAUUCACUAAUAGAAAGUAGCAAAAAGAAUAAGAGAAGAAUCAGUCUAGAGUACGAAAGAUUUGAUUCAAUCGGCUACUUGUUAAAGAGGCCUUUCCGUUCUUCUCCUUAGUCUGACAACUCAGCAGCUCUUCAACUUAUCGUUAUAGAAAUGAGGAGCACUUAGCUUUGAACUUUGAAAUAGUUACCUUCUCCAUUUGAUUUAGAGAAAGUAUGCUCCUGACUUGCCACCCGAAGAAGGAAAUUCUAUUGACCUCCGAGACUGAUUUGUUUUCCGGUAAGGCAGCCCUAUGAUCUCAAUAGAAAUGCGUUGAUAGAAUCUCUGAACGUUGCUACUGGUAGUAAAGAGUUUGGGUUGGGAAUGAGUGAAAAACUCAUCAUAGAAAAAGCUACCAACAGAAUUCACGCUUGCGCUUGACCUUAGAUGGCUUUCCCGAUGAUGAUUCACCAAAAAGUGCUGGUUUCUAUAUAGCUAUGAUAAUUCUCGCGAUGACGGUGACAGCCGCGGCUGCAGGGUUCUCGUCAAUACGAUAAUUAAAAAAAAUCAGUCUUUUCGAGUAAUAUAUCUGGCUUCAGCUGAAAGCAUAUUUCUAUUCAUCAUUUUAAAUAUGUUUUUUAUUCUUCCUUUCUUAAGAGACUCCUAAGUCCCAGGCAUCAGGUUACCUUUUUGCCCCUCGCAGCACUAUUUCACUUAUUAAAAAAUGGAAUAAAAGAGAUGCGGGUUUUCCAGUGUCAGUCUUGCUUCUGCCGGGCUAGCUCUUUCCCGGGAGCUGACCCGAGAACUCUAAUAGCUCUAUCUUAGUGAGCUAAGAAGCUCUUUUCGGCAACAGAAUAGUACUCUUAUUCAUUCCUAUUCUUUCUCGCUGCUUUUCGAUAGCGUAAUUUCGUACCUAAGGGAAAGACUCUCUCUUGCGCUAUUUAAUCCUAACCCUAACCUAUUAUGCUUCUUCCGCUUAAAUGAUUUAGGAAUGACCGGCAGUGCGGUAGCAAAGGAAGAACAGGACUCGACUUAACUGUAUGUUCUGUUCUAUACCACGUGGAAAGCCAAUAGGCCAAUUCACUUUAGCAUACCACUCUGGCAGAAAAGAGUCUAUUUGCCAUAGGCGCCCUGUAAACUAGGCACUCUCCAAAUGGUACUGGAUUGAAGCUAGUCUACAUUCAGCCCUUGGAAUUUCAUAAUGACUCUCAGACUUUGCAGAAGCGUCGGGCCUCCCCGUCAGUUGGCAUAAAAGGAAACUCUUCUUUUCCAGGAAAGGAGUUGACAGGCCCUUUAUUUCGGGCAUUCUUGAUCUGUCUAGGGGGUAACAAACGUCAAGGGGCUUGGCUUGGUUCACCCUCUCUGGUACAUCCUAGGACAUUAGAGUGAGAUGUCGGCCGUUCCACUCGCGAGUAAAGAAUCUUUACCACUACUACCUACUAACUUCUCGCCUAACCCCUCAGGAAAGUUGACCGACUAAGGCCUCUUCAAAGCCGGACGGAGGAUCGCUUUUUCUUUGAACGAAUCUUGCUCUCUUAUCUGCUUCUUCUUUUGUUGACAAUUCUUCUGUUGUCGUAGAGGGAAGAACUGGUCUUUCAGGGCCCCGACGGGUCAAUGCUUUGGAUUCAGCCCUUCUUAUGGACUUCCCCUGUCUCAGUUCAUGUCUAACUGGCACCUAGGGGGAACCCGGCCUUUCAUCAUUCCAUUCCUUACCAUCUUUCGGUACCAGCAUCCGGAGCAAGAACUGGUAGUCUCCCAUUGAAAACCAGAAAUGGGCGGGAUCUUUCAUCGAUAGCUAUUCAUUUGAGUCUUCGGGUAGCAUUGCUUUGCUUGACAUCGGUCUAUCGUAGUCCCCAUUGCGCCGCUAGAUAAGAGGUUAGAAUCUCAAUCAUGACAGUAACAGAAAUAGACACAAAAAGGAAAUUCCAAGGGCUGAAUGUAAGACUAGCUUCAGCAAAGAAAAUUAGAUCGUCGGAAGUGAGAGAUCGGAUUUCGAUCCCGUUUCUAAAACAAUUAUAAUUUCCUCUCGUGAAUAAGAAUGGAGAAGCCUUCCAUCGCAAUACAAUACAGAAGAGCAGAAGGAUAAAUAGGGUAUCGUUGGCGAAUACCCUUUCCACUGCCAUCGAAGUAGAGGGUAUACUGGUUCUAAGCCUCCCUUUUUUCAUCACUUCAGCCCGCUGUCCUCUUUCGAUAGUUCAAUUACGAGAAUCCUAUUGCCCUGACGUGCUUUCUGAACUUCUCUUGAGUGCCUUAGACUAGGAACUCUAUGUUUACCAUUGGUAGGUUAGUGAUGCUCGGGGAGUAGCACAACCGUCUUAGAGAUAGAGAGAGCACUCUCGAAGAGAAGGGUUUGAACGGAACGCUAAGUGGUUCUAUGUGAAAGCAAUACAAUAAGGGUCCUUCUCAUUCCUUUCGUCUUUCAUUUGUUGAAUUAGCUCUGGGUUUUGACAGCUAUACGAAAUGAAAUCCCAGUGACAGGGUCCUCCUCGGAUGGUACCAUUGCCUCUGCCAAAG